ACUGGAGGCCAAACACCAAGAAAAGAUGGCGGAGCAGCCCCCACCACUACUGGGAAGACAUCCAAUGCUGCAAGCAGGUCGAAACCUAGGAAAAAAUACAAGUUGUGGAAGACUUCUAACCAGCACCUUAGUGAACAGCAGAGGAGAGAACAGGAAGAGGCAGAACACCAGGCCAUACAGAGGCUCAGCUUAUUCUUCCCGGACAUGCUGCGCAGCGUGACACGUCGCCGUAGAUUCAGGAAGGUCUGCACGGAAGAGAUGCCUUGGAGAUGUCAGCUGAAUAUUCUCCAAGGGCUCAGUCAUUUUGGGGUCUUCUUACACAAAGUGGAAACCAGAGAGGCAGUAAUGGGCAAUUACACUGAUAACUUGUACAGUACCUCUUACCUGGACUUAGAGUGGUUCACACUAGACAGUGCCGGAACGGUUGUAGUGGGCUGGGAUGGUGGCCCACCCAGAAAGGAGGACCAGUACUUCGGUCCCACCAGUGCCAGUAGGGGCGCACCGACGCGAACCACAACCCAGGAGUCUGUGGCAGUCGGGCAGUAUGGACGGGACUAUAACAACCCUACAAGAUCCAGUGGAAUUGAACUUGCUGCAGCAGCUGCAACUGGCCAGCCCCCUGCCCCAAUGUUCCCUAUUCCCAUUGAGGAAGAGGACACCCCCAGAACCUACAGGUCUGAUAUAGACGACAUGGGUAUGCCAAGGAUAGACAAUGAGGCAGGUCUGCUCUCCCCUAAGGAGGCCAUGGAAAGCCUGGACAGAACUUUUGACUACUUUAAAAAGGCAGUAGUUUUGUCCCAUAGAGGUCAGCACUGGACCUUACUCCAGAACUCUUGUCGUGCUUUAUGGAACUGCGCACACACUGCACUGAUGCGCACACUAUCUACCCGACAGCACGGAAGCAAUGCAGGAUCCCUGAUUGGUAUUGAACAGUUGCGGUCACUCUUGUGGCAUCCUUUCUUCACUGCCACCGACUGCUUACUGGACAUGCUGGAACAGAUGCAGCUGGACAGGGAGAAACAGGCAGCCAAGGCCAAAAGCAAGGGCAAAGCACCAGAUGAGGAGCCCACGUUUUUUGGCUUUCAACCAGAGGAAAAAGGUGGUGCCCAUCUUAAGUUUGAAUCCCCCUUGGAUAACCUGAGUACAGUGGACGCUCGCUGGGUCAGGCGCAUUGUGGAGAGGACCAUAGAGAUACUGUACCAUGAGGGAAAGUGGGAGAGACUGGUAGAUGUUGCCCUGAGGUUCAAUGCAUUGACAAAUGACAGAUAUGCGGAGCAGGUCAUCCCUCUCCUAGUGCAGGCACAACGACAGCUCCGUGACAGACUGGAGGAGAUCAAUGCACCAUCCUACCCACAGGCGCACUUCCGUAAGAUUCUGAAGGAGCUCGGGGGCACAAUGACGGCCAAGGACUAUGCUCAGAUGCAGAUCAGGGUAGAAGUCCAGAAAGACCAGUUGCCCGCCAUCCACCCUGGGGCUCAUAUUGACCCUGAGGGUCACCAAGUGUAUCAAGGUAAAAGAGACGGCCUCCGCCUGGUGUCCGUGCCCCUGGAUAUCAGUUACAGUCUUCAAGUUUUCCGUGAUGCCUUGGACACCUCUGCCUAUACCUCCAGGGCUCUACAACACAGCAGACGGCUGCUGGUGCUCUACCUGGCUGGACAGCAAAGUGUGAGUGGUCAGAGUGGCCUUGGGUCAGAGAUGUCCAAGGUGGACUUCAUCCCCAAUACGGCCAAGCCCCAGCCCACAAUGCCCCCUGACAUCAGGAAGGAGGAGUAUAUUGACAGUGAUGACGUGGAGACGGCACCUUUACCUAGGUCACAGCUUGGGGUUGUGAUUGCUUCCUAUGAUAAAACCAUUGAAAUGCUGUUGUCUAGGAACCAGAAGGGCCUUGCUGCUCAAGCCAUGCAUGAACUGGGCAAUCUGCAUUAUCAUGGAGGAAAUAUAAGGGGUGCGUAUAAAUGGUGGGCAGAUGCGUUAGAUGUGAUACUGAAUGUGUCGGAUGCGCUGCACACCUGGAAGCAGUUAUUCACGGAUGCGGAGACCAUCAGCCAGGAGCUGCUGCAGAGAUGUGGUCUGUGGGGGUGUGUCCUAGGCGGAGUUCUGGCCUCCAAUAUUGCACAGUAUAUCUUGACCUCGGAUCUCGGUCUUAAGAUGCAGUCCUGUUUUCUCUCAGGAUAUUUUUUCAAGGCCCUGUUCCGUACCUCCCUCCCCCAUCCCACAGCCGACUGUGACUAUGCUCUGUAUGAGAUAGGGGAAGGUUGUGAGGUCAGUCACCUCGUCCCGGGCAUUGACCUCUUAUCAGACAGGUUCCGCAGUGAAGGUCGUUCAGUAGUAGCUGCACUGAGAUGGGUCACUGAAGAGCUGGCCAGAGGAAAACACAACUUGUUUGUUCUCCCAAUGCUUACUCUGUACCAGUAUUUCACCACUUUCGUCUGCCGUGACCUGCAGCGUUCCGUCGACGGACGUGUACUGAAAGUGCGUGUCCUCACUGACCUCAGCCUGUAUUCUGAGGCCCUGAUAUGCCUGCAGCGUCUGCUACACGGAGAACGUCUGCCGCAUACUGCAGACAAUAACUUCAGACAAGUCGAGUCAAAAUCAGUCAAUUUGAGGUUCAGUGCAGAUAAACCCGUCCUAGAUCCCAAUAAUCUGAAGGUAUUAGAGAGUGUGAUAGACAAGAGACUGUCCUCCAACCUGGCAGCUCUGUACGGCCCUCACAUGACCUGUCUGCUAACCUUGGCCCAGGCACAUCUGCUGAUCUCAGUGGCGGAGAAAUUACCUGUCUUUCCUGUGCUUGAUGAUCUGGGCAGACUUGAGAGUCGCCAGCGCACCUACACCUCAUUACCCCGUAGUGCCCAGCGGUCAGGUCGUCCAUCUGUGACAUCCAGUUCUGCUACUAAGCCAUCAGCUUUCAGAGGACCACCAGCGGGCAGCAGUAUAGAUGUGGAGGAAUCAGACUCAGAAACAGAGGGUGAGAAAGUCGUCCAGAAGCGUUUCUCCACCAGUAAGAAGCCAGUCACCCUGGAGAUGGUCAAGGGGACACUCCUGGGAGUGUCUGAGUUUAUGCUGACCACCCUGUCUGAGAUAUUGAUAGAGCAGGCAGAAAAUGAUAAAGGUGUGGAGACACUGGCAGCAGCAGAACUCGAGCUUGUGGUGCACUGCAAACUGGAGCUCUCAGAGGUUGCUAAGCAACGGCACCAUGGCUCAAUGGCAGCUCGCACUGUAUUGACAGCGAUGAAGUUGCUGCAGGGUGCAGAGCUCUUUACAUUCAAGGCAGCUGAGCAGAUAGCAAAAAGGGAAUCUAUCUUGAAAACCAGUAGAUUCAAGGAACCUUCCUCCAUGAGGAGCAGUCGUCACGCAACUGGAACUGCCAAUAUCCAGUUGACCCAGAUAGAGAACAGUCAAUUCCAGUUCCAGAACUUUCAGAGUCGCUCUCGUCUUGAUGCUCGCUUGUGGUUGAACUGUCGCCUGGCUCUGGUGAAGAGUCUGAUGUGUGAGGUCCGAGGCAUGGGAGACGUGAAAGGUGUAGAGACACUGGCAGCAGCAGAACUCGAGCUUGUGGUGCACUGCAAACUGGAGCUCUCAGAGGUUGCUAAGCAACGGCACCAUGGCUCAAUGGCAGCUCGUACUGUAUUGACAGCAAUGAAGUUGCUGCAGGGUGCAGAGCUCUUUACAUUCAAAGCAGCUGAGCAGAUAGCAAAAAGGGAAUCUAUCUUGAAAACCAGUAGAUUCAAGGAGCCUUCCUCCAUGAGGAGCAGUCGUCAUGCAACUGGAACUGCCAAUAUCCAGUUGACCCAGAUAGAGAACAGUCAAUUCCAGUUCCAGAACUUUCAGAGUCGCUCUCGUCUAGAUGCUCGCCUGUGGUUGAACUGUCGCCUGGCUCUGGUGAAGAGUCUGAUGUGUGAGGUCCGAGGCAUGGGAGACGUGAAAGGACCAUACCGCAGUGUCCAUGUGGAGCUGGGAGACUGCAGGCAGUACUGUGUGGAGGGAUAUGCUGAGGCCGAGGCCUGCGGAGAUGUGGAGAUGCAGGCCGAAUUUCUCAUGCAGGGAGUCCUGUUGAACAUCAUGGAAGGGAAGAGUUCUGAUGAUAAUAUUGAUAUGCUAAAGGACAUACUUGCCCUUCUGUCCAGCAUAGUGUUGUCCUCCAGUGGUCAGUUACUCCAGACCACGGCAAUGGUGAUGCUGACUGAUAUAACCACUGCGGCCACUCCUUUAGGCAAGGACAGAGUGGACAUCACUGAGAAGACUGUUAAGGAGUACCUGGCUGCCCAGAAACUUCUCCUGGCACAGAAUUAUGAUGAUGAUAGUCCUUCUUCUUCCUCUUAUGAUUAUUGUGAUGAUGAUAAUGAUGAAAAUCCAAGCACUGGGAGAGAAGAUAGAGCACUACUACCCAGCAGGAGGAGCCGCGUGGCACAGUGCGCCUCUNUGUGGUUGAACUGUCGCCUGGCUCUGGUGAAGAGUCUGAUGUGUGAGGUCCGAGGCAUGGGAGACGUGAAAGGACCAUACCGCAGUGUCCAUGUGGAGCUGGGAGACUGCAGGCAGUACUGUGUGGAGGGAUAUGCUGAGGCCGAGGCCUGCGGAGAUGUGGAGAUGCAGGCCGAAUUUCUCAUGCAGGGAGUCCUGUUGAACAUCAUGGAAGGGAAGAGUUCUGAUGAUAAUAUUGAUAUGCUAAAGGACAUACUUGCCCUUCUGUCCAGCAUAGUGUUGUCCACCAGUGGUCAGUUACUCCAGACCACGGCAAUGGUGAUGCUGACUGAUAUAACCACUGCGGCCACUCCUUUAGGCAAGGACAGAGUGGACAUCACUGAGAAGACUGUUAAGGAGUACCUGGCUGCCCAGAAACUUCUCCUGGCACAGAUCCAAGCACUGGGAGAGAAGAUAGAGCACUACUACCCAGCAGGAGGAGCCGCGUGGCACAGUGCGCCUCUCCCUCCAAUGACCAAUACCUUCCUCCCUCACAUCCUGCUCCUGGCACAGAUAAAGCUCAGGAUUGGCCACGCCAUGGCCAGAAAUGCCGCAAGGAAUGCUGGGUCAGAGGAUAUUGUUGAGAGGUGGACAUCAGCCCUGGGUGUCUUGACCACAGCACUAGAGCUCUGCAAGGUGACUUCCCUGAGAGAGGCAAGUCUGGAGGCUGAGAUCCUGCUCAAUAUGGGUAAAGUGCAGCGUCAGCUGUUCAAUCUAGGCAAGUACCAGGCCCGGGCAGUAGUGUCCACUCUUCUGGACGCCAUACGGACUAGUUAUGCUUUUGACCAUGACUUGGGCUUAAUCCGUCAGGGUUACCUGGAGAUCGCCCUGGUCUACCUGUCCUCCUCGGGGGUGGUCCCCCAGGGAGUGACCACUGAGGACACCCUGACUGUCCCCGAGGGGUCAGUGGUCGAAUCGGCCGGGGAGAGCGGGGAUGAAGUGAGCUCUGUGAAAACUGGUAGCAGUGGGAAGAAGUCCAAGAAGGGAGUCAAGAGUAAGAAGGAGAAGACCAAGUUGAAGCCGGCCAAAGAACCCACUGAGGGUGAGAGGGACAAGGAACGGCGUGCUGCAUGGGUAGCCAUAAGGUGUGCGGCAGCUGCGGGACAGGCGCAGCGAGCACGCCUGUUAUUGCCUGGUGAUGUCAGCGUAACGUCACAACCUCUCUCCGCAAAGGCGCAGCAGGACAUCCCAGAUUUUGCUGUUCUUGAUCUCAUCAGCUCCUAUGUGUUUGGGGAGAAGAAGAAAGUUUAUAAAAAUGCUAUAGAGGAGGAGAUGGCUCCCUUGGUGGAGAGCCUUGAGGUGCAGCAGGUGGUGGAAACUUACCAAGAUGAAAUCAAUAAAGCCAGGGAAGAAGCCAAGGGCAUCAGCUGGACCCAUCUCCUGGGCUACCAGGCUAUCCUGCAGCGUAUGUGCAGCACAGCCACAGUGAUAUCUGCAUCUGCCAAGAAGGAAAACGAACACCAGAGGGAGCCACCAAACACUACAAGCGAUCUUGGUUCUGAAUUUGGCUUAGGAUUCUUCAGCCAUGCAGAAUUUGACAUCGCCUUAAAUCACGACGUGGUGAGAUCAACUGUCCUCAGCGGACCAAUUGCUUUACGUCUAACCAGCAUGCAUCAGUUCUUCACUUCUGCCCUGCAAGUGUACUCAGCAGAAUGUUGCGCCAUCUAUCCACCUGCUGCAUUACAACUUGACCUGCCACCAGAUGUCAGCCCUACAAAUGUGGAAAUUAUCGCCAAGAAUUACGCUGGGAAUCUGGUGAUCCCUAUUGACCAGCAGCCAGACGGAACCCCCUUGGCACCCGUCACACCCCCAGGGACCCUGAGCCCUGUACACAUCCAUAAACCACCUGACAAGAGCAUUGUCAGCACUUCAGAUAAUGAAAUCAGUCUACAAUGGUACCAGCCAGCCUUUGAGGAGCAUGGUCAUAUGCCAUUACGUCCCCAGACCAGUAUGUCGACAGGGGCAGCAGACAGCCAUAUUGCUCUGCUGUACGCAGUUAAUAAGAAGGCAGAUAAAGUGACAGGUGCCCAGGGACUACAACCUGGACUGCUGUGGAUAACACUGAAACAACUGAUAGAGCUACAUGAUAGACUGGCACUGCUGAUGCAGAGAAGUGAGAUAUCUUUAGUGGAGAAGCCCAAAAAAGAGCCCCAGCCUCCAUCCCCCACCCCCUCGGCCACAGGGAAGACCAAGAAAGUGGCCAGAAUCAAGGCCCUGUCUCCCAAGGUGAAGAAGGACGAGCAUCUGGAAAAUUUGUUAAAGCAGUGCUUGACCGAUGUCCAGACAUUAUUUGGAGUGCUGCCAGAGCUGGAGACUGUCUCAGAGGUGGAGAUUCCCUUUGAAGUCACCAAGGCCAACAUGCACAGUUUUGAGAAGCUGUUUGAUCCAAGCUUUGGCUUCACCAUGAAGGGAGGGACCAUGUUUAACUGGUUCAGCAAGUUGUUCACACAGUAAAGAUAUACAGUAAUGGACAGUUUACAUCAAUGGGAUGAUAUUACACAGAAACGGCCUGCCGUGUUAAUGUUCCCAUGAUACGUGUAUCACAUGUGCACAGCGAUGGAAUCAAACCUAAUUAACACUAUACUGGACUUUGGUCUAAGUUAACAUUGGCUGAAUGGGCUGUCAGUUCACAAAGUAUUGAAAUUGGGCCCAAAUUCACACAUAAGCAUCUGUUGACAUACUGUAUGUAGUAGUGGAAUUGUGUCAAAGUUCACACUUACUGAAUAGGCAUCAGUUGACACAGUAUUGGAAUCAGAUCAAAGCUCAACAGGUCAAAGUUCAUACUUGCAGCAGUCAUCAGGGUAAUGGACUAUAGGCCCAAAGCCCACAAGGCAGUGAAAUGUCGAAGUUAGAAUGUACAGUAUGACAAUGGAAUCAAACCAAAUUCACAUGAUUUUGAAUGAAACCAAGAGUCUUCUAUGUCAUUCCCUUUAAUCAACAUUGUUUCUGUGAUUAAAUGGCCGCUUUGGAACCGCCAUAACAAAUUAAGUUGAAAAAGAUUACCUGAAGACAUUUUAUUGAAUGUGUUUCCCGUCUAUAUAAUAAUGCAAUCUUUUGUUCCAGAAGAAUAAUAAGCGGAAAGUGUAACAAUAUUAAGUUUUAAAGCAUUUUUCCACAAUGCCAAGGAUUUUGUUUCCAUCCAUCUUUUAUGAGUUAUGUGUUCAUCUACAUGGGGUAUGGAAAGUUGUGCGGGGCCCAUGAGAAAAUCGUACUGGGCUUAGUUUUGCCUUCUCUAUUUUGUCUCACAAAUUUUACAUAUACCAGUAAACCCCACACACUCCAUUCUCCCCAUGUAAAUGACGACAUAACAAAUAAAAUUAUCAUUCAUGAAAAAUGAAGUUUAAAGAAUUGUAGAAACAAUGGUGAUACCUUUGAUACAUGUACAUGUAAUAUACACGUACAUUGUAUAUUUGUUCUAAGAAUAUUUAGUAUGGUAUUUUAGUGUUGUCUUUUCAGAGUGUGCUUUAUUGUUGGAUGCCUUUUGCAAGUUUGUAUUCUAUAUUACAUUAUUAUAUCAAUUUCUUCUUUUCAUUUCAAAUGGCAGUUUGCUUAUAGGUAAAAUG